AUGGAUACACUGUGUCAACGGCUGGAAGUGCUCACUGGGCAGCUAUCACAGUCUAUCGGCGCCCUCAGCCAACAAUCACCUGCGCUAGCGAACCACAACCAGCCUUCUGACAGUGUCUCAGCAGCUGAAAUCAUCAAGUCUUUGCCAGAACUUGCUGCAUUGUUAUCUCAAGCAACCGCAUCUCCUCGACAGGAAUCAAGAGCGAUUGCAAAUCCAAAUUCGUACGCAAGCGUUGCUGAAUUGGAUGUCAACACAGGAGUAAUAGACGCUGAAUCCGACACGUCUUCAUCCAACAACAAGGAUGAUAAUGAUGAUUUUACUCCAGGAGUCUGUACCUUCAGUUUGACAAAAUCGGCCGCCGAGAAUCUCGGCCAAGCAGGCGCCUUAGUACGAGAUUCCUACGGCCGCCCACGCUUUGUGGGUGGUGCAGCGAAUAACCUUAUCGUUGAGGCCGCGAAAAGUCUUCUGCCGAAUUUGGCGACAACUACGCCCUCUUCUACAGGAGCCAGUCACGAGUCGCCAAACUUACCAGACCUCGAGAUACCUUCAUUUGUUCGUGGAAAAAUAUGGCCUCCUCUUCCGUACAUACCUGCACCGGAAAGCCUGUCUCGCCCGCCACAAUAUGUCUCUGACCUGCUUGUGAGCCUAUACUUCGACAAGCUCCACUACAUAUUCCCUAUUCUCAUCAAGCCUCACUUUAUGAAUCGUUAUCAGAAGCUUCUGAGAGCCGGGACAGACUCUUCUUCACCUAAGAGAGGAAGGUUUCUUAUGGUUUUCUUCGCCGUGUGCGCUUGUGCGUCGGGGCUAUUACCGACCAACUUGGAAAGCGGGCUACCCGGUAUCGACUUUUACCAAAAGGCCCUGCUCAUCUUGUCUGCAUCAACUGGAGAGUCCUCCAUAGAAAAAGUUCAGUGUCUUGGACUCUUGUCUAUGUGCUCGGCAGGGUGGAAUACUCUAUCUCAAAGUUGGAAUUUAGCUGGACAAGCCGUGAGGGCGGCAAUCGACAUGGGGCUACACAUAAAUGGUCACUCCGUAAGACUUCCUUUCCGUUUGUUUGUCGGUAGCCUGCUGAUGGGAAAGAACGCUGUCGCAAAUCAGCAGUCAUCUCUCCAUAUUGAAUCUAGGGAUUUAUCUCUUCAGGAGCAGUCUCGCAGAGUGUGGUGGUGUGUAUACACGCUGGACAGAACAACAUCGAUUUGCCUUGGACGUCCUCUCGCGGUAAAGGAUGAAGACUGCUACUGUGAGCUGCCAUUGGACGUAUGCGAUGAGGAUGUAAUGUCCGGGAUCAAGAGCGGACACGCUGUCGGAGAAGAAGCCACAACGAGCCCCAUGAGCGGCUUCUUAGCGUUUGCUAAGCUCUGCCAGCUUGCAGGCAAGAUCCAAGACUUUAGCUCUCCCCUGAAACUACAGAAGGUGGCCUCUGCAGAUGCAGAAAAAACUCAUAGGUUCUUGGCUCGCGUUGAUGCUCAUGAUCAGGCUCUUCGAAAGUGGCUCGAGAGUUUGCCCGGGGAAAUCCAAUUCUCAGCAAACAGAAAGAACAAGAGCCAUGGUGAUAUAUCCAUGGUUCAUUGUGUGAUUACGUUUUUCUUACACGCAGGAUCUCUCAUCAGCUUAUACCGAUACUUCUUGAACUAUCCCAAAGACUCCGCAGAACGAGACGAAGUGGACGUCUCGGGAGCCAUCGAUCAAUGCAUUAAUGCUGCACGAGGCUGUAUCUACGUCGCUGAUAUGGUUCGAGACUUGGUGCCAGCUUCACACCAUCUGGCUAUCUGCAUCCACUACCUGACGCUGUCGGGUAUCAUCCUUCUCCGAGUGCCUAUCGAUCGCAGCAGUUCAGCUCUUUUGGAAGAUGCUGAAAAGUGUGCCCGAUCGCUCAAAGACCUAGAGCCUCGGUGGUCUGGAGCCAAAAGAAGCAGAGAAAUCAUUGAGCAAUUGCUUGUUCGACGUCGCAGCGAGAUUGCUGGAGAAUUGCCCACCUGUCGUGGUAAUGAAGGCCGACAUUCACCCGAGAACGCCCGCAGGGCCAACAAAAGACCCUUUGCUGAUGUUGAGGUCGCAUCAUCCUCUCUGGUUGACGUUGCUAGCGGAAUCUGGAAUCCCAGCACCACCAGCUCGAUGCCAGAGACAACGCAAUAUGAUGGCUGUAUGGAUCCUAUGCUUUUUGCUUCGUGGACAGGAUAAAUCCAUGAUAGCUCGCAUAGUUAUGACUUGAAAGGAAUGACCGAAGUAAGCUAUGUCAC